CUCUGUGAUUCCUUCAAUCUGGAUUCCAAUUGUAUGACCUAAUUAAAUCACUCCACAAAGCACACGCCAUAACACAAGGUUGCUUUUUUGAAAGAUAAACAGAAGAUUGAUUUCUUGAGCAGGUCAAUCGACGCGUUAAACAGGGACCAAGCAAGCCUGCAUUGAAAUGUCAAGAAUACCCUUUUCCACUUUCCAAGAUCGAAAACAUUGAAUGGGCUUGUGCGUAAAUUGAACCCCAAAUAUUCCCAACUCGCUAAGAUUUAUAAACGGCCAGCAGACGUGGGGUAGACGACGAGAAAACGGCUUCCUUCGUUUUAAUCUUUACAACUGCAGUCUGCGGCGAUCCCUUCUGCUCUCUGCUCUAUUUAAUUCUCUCGUAACUUUCAAUAAUUCCCUUUUUCUUUUUUUAAUUUUCGUCAUUUGGGGUUUCUGGGAACAGAGUUAGGGCUGUUUGCACUUUGCUCCCCUUUUUCUGCUCAAGAUUUUGAAUUUAUGGGCAGAUCUUCAUUUCGGCUGUAAUUGGAUUCUUGUAAGCGUACAUUUGCGGAUCUUGAGAUUACACAGUUAGAGAGAGGGAUAUGUGUAGUGUAACGAGGUUUUGUGAGAAAGUAUAUACGAUGGCGGAAGGGGGAUCUAAUUAUUGUUCCAAGAAGUCUGAUGAUGUAUGUGAUGAGGAUUCAGGCAAGAGCUUGAGCAUAACAAGAUUAAAAUGCUUUCUGCGCGGGUUGGAUGUUAAAGCUUAUCUCUUCCUAUUCAUGUUGAUCCCGACAUCUCUGUUUUUCAUAUACGUGCACGGCCAGAAGAUCACGUACUUCUUGCGACCGUUGUGGGAAUCUCCGCCUAAGCCCUUCCACGAAAUCCCUCACUAUUAUCACGAGAACGUGUCAAUGGAGAAUCUGUGUAAGCUUCAUGGUUGGGGAAUCCGUGAGUAUCCUAGGCGUGUUUUUGAUGCCGUGUUGUUCAGCAAUGAGCUUGACAUCCUUAAGAUAAGAUGGAACGAGUUGUACCCUUACGUCUCAGAGUUUGUCCUCCUGGAGUCGAACUCAACCUUUACUGGCCUGCCGAAGCCAUUUGUGUUUGCUGGAUUCCGAGAUGAGUUCAAGUUUCUUGAGCCACGUCUAACAUAUGGUCAAGUUCCUGGGAGAUUCAAGAAAGGGGAGAAUCCGUUUAUUGAGGAAGCGUAUCAGAGACUUGCACUGGAUUAUCUCCUGAAACAAGCUGGUAUUCAGGAUGAUGACUUGUUAAUAAUGUCGGAUGUUGAUGAGAUACCAAGUAGGCACACGAUUAACCUGUUGAGGUGGUGCGAUGGGAUCCCUCCGAUCCUCCAUCUUCGUUUGAGGAACUAUCUGUACUCGUUUGAGUUUCUUGUGGACAACAAUAGCUGGAGAGCUUCAAUCCACGUGUAUGAGGCUGGGAAGACGAGAUAUGCUCACUAUCGACAGUCUGAUGAAAUCUUGGCUGACGCAGGGUGGCAUUGUAGCUUCUGCUUCCGGCGCAUCAAAGAGUUCAUAUUCAAGAUGAAGGCAUACAGUCAUGUUGAUCGGGUGAGGUUCUCUCAUUUCUUGAACCCAAAGAGGGUCCAGAGAGUAAUCUGUAAAGGUGCGGAUCUGUUUGAUAUGCUGCCGGAGGAGUACACUUUCAAGGAGAUAAUCGGGAAGAUGGGGCCGGUCCCGCACUCGUACUCAGCUGUGCAUCUUCCUGCUUAUCUCUUGGAGAAUGCGGAGCAGUUCAAGUUUCUCUUGCCGGGGAACUGCUUGAGAGAGAGUGGGUGAAUGAAUGGGAGUUGGAGUCUAUAUAUUUUUUGUAUAGGUUGAAGUGUUGAGGAUAUUUCUAUUUAACGCAGCGGGGUGUCGUAUUUACAUCAUUCUUUUUACCGGUGUUUGGGGAAAUCGGACACACUUGUUGGUUUCCAAUGGUGAGUUGUGUAUAUACCUCUCGAUUUUCAUAUACCAGCCCUGCCCUCUUCUGCCUUCUAAA